GCACAUUAGGAAAUUUAUGAAUAUAAUCAAACGAAUUAUAAGAAGAAUUAAAAGAAUUUCAAAUACCGAACUGAAAUCAAUGAAGUGUAAUAAAUGAAGUACGAAGACAUAACUUCCAGUUGUCAUUCUACUUUCUGCACACGUGUCCAACGAAAAAGUAUCCUUUUAUAAUACACAUCCGCCAAAUCUGCUCGCCGUCACGUGAUGCUAACGGUGCAAUAGCGAUCGAGUCACGUGAACGCAACCGACCAGUAAUCGUACAGUGGGCGCGUGACAAGUAUUAGGUAGAAGAUGGCGUCUGGAAGUGUUGUUGAUGCUAAACGAAACUUAAUGGAUAUUGUGACUUUUAAUAUUCCCGGACAUGAUUGUUGUCGAAUGACAGUAAGCGAGAUUAUUUCAAAACUUAAUAAAGACAGAAUAGAAAAUAUUGAUGAAGCAGUUCAUACCCUUAUUGCAGUUUGGACUGCUGUUGCUACAGUACCUGAGAAUUUAACUAAUGCUGUUAAUAUAUUUCAUUCCUUAUUUCGUGAAACAUCCCUAACUAUUUUAUCAGGAAGAUGGAUUCGUGUAACUUCCUCUCAGAAACGUCAAAUGGCAAAGGUUUUAACCAAAUCGAGUCAAGUAUUUGGUCCUCUUGUUGAUAAAGCUGCACGGUUAUGUACUGUUCUUGUCAUGGCAGUGUAUGAUCCUUGGGGAGAACCAGCAUUAAAUCAAUUGAUAGAAGGUCAAAUUGAUUAUUCUGAUGCAACAGGUAACAAUUCAAACCCUACAGAGCACCAGAGGCGUCAACAUUGA